UUGACGUGGCACUUGGACUUUCUUUUAAACCUUCUAUUCGAGCUUAAACUGAUGUGGCAAUAAGAAAUAUGAAAGGAAAAUGUUUCGUAGCUAUAUUCUUUACUUUAAUUUAUUAUCAUUAUUCGUUAUCAAUACAAGAGCAACAAGACGAAAUUAUUGCUGAAAGUGAAUCUGUGCUGGAUCCUAAAGGCGAACUUACACUGAAAUGGCGAGUAAAUUACAAUGUUCGAAAAAUUCGAUUCUUUUUAAAUUUUAACGAAAAAGCACCAUCUAUAAAUUGGUUUGCUCUGGGAUUUUCUAAUAGAGGAGAUUUGGAAAAUUCCGACGUGUGUCUGGUUUGGACCGACUAUACUGGUCUAGAUUAUUUCGAGGACAUGCAUGCAGAUGGAAAUGGAAAAUUGAUACGAGAUACUCAUCAAAACUGUGAAGACUUCCACGUCGAUAGGAAAACGCGAAGUGUUACUUUUGAGCGUUAUUUUGAUACUUGCGACAAAGAUGAUUACGUCAUUGAGGAUGGCACUGUUCACGUGAUCUGGGCACGCGGAAUAGACAAAUUGUUUUCAUCUAAGGGCCUUUGCAUAUCCUGCACGUCUGACCACGAUCACGGGUUCAUACGCGUUCGGUUACUUACACCGCCUUCCUCACCGCCACCACCCGCACACGAGCUGCGUAUCACAAACAAGCAAUUAAAGGUUCCAGGAAGUGACACGACGUAUUGGUGCAAGGUUGUCAAGCUCCCUGCCUUUGUUACAGAAAGUGUUCAUCACAUUGUAAAGUUUGAAUCAACAAUAACGCGAGGAAACGAGGGUUUGGUACAUCACAUGGAAGUAUUUUAUUGCGAUGACGAUCCCAAUAAAGAAAUGCCAAUGUUUGAAGGGAAUUGUUUUUCGCCAAAACGACCGGAAUCUACCAAAGUCUGUUCAAAGGUCAAAGCUGCUUGGGCAAUGGGUGCACCACCAUUUAUUUACCCACAAGAAGCUGGGCUACCACUUGGAGGACCAAAAGCUAACAAAUAUGUUAUGCUUGAGGUCCACUACAACAACCCUGAUCUUCGAAAUGAUUGGGUGGACAGUUCGGGCAUUAUUCUUCAUAUAACUGAUAAUAGACGUAAAUACGAUGCCGCGAUCAUGGAACUGGGGUUGGAGUACACAGAUAAAAUGGCGAUUCCGGGAGGGCAAGAAGCCUUUUCGUUGACUGGAUAUUGUAUACCGCAGUGCACCGCUGUGGGUCUUCCCGCAGCGGGAAUCGUAGUGUUCGGUAGUCAGCUGCACACGCACCUGACGGGUGCGGCGGUGCGGACGCGACACGCGCGCGGACUGCGCGAGCUGCCCGUGCUUAACGAGGACCUGCACUACUCCACGCACUUCCAGGAAAUACGCAUACUACAUCGGCCUGUACGAAUUCUGCCAGGUGACUACUUAGAGACCACCUGCGUGUACAACACGAAGGACAAAGAGGAGGCUACAAUUGGUGGUCACGCGAUCACGGAUGAAAUGUGCGUCAACUACAUGCACUACUAUCCGGCUACCGAGCUCGAGGUCUGCAAGAGCGCUGUUUCUAAUAAAGCGCUGGAAGAUUAUUUCAAAUUUGAAAAACGAUGGGAUAACAUGUCCAUAUCAUUUGAGGCUGCUCCCCGCGCUAACUACCUCUCCAUUAAGCCAUGGACACCUCUCCGAGCUAAGGCGCUGCAUAUGCUGUAUACUGAGUCGCCAAUAUCAAUGCAGUGCAAUAAGUCCGAUGGGAAUCGAUUCCAGGGAGAUUGGGAAGGUAUCGAAAUACCUAAAAUUAAGGUUCCAUUACGCGACGCACCCAGAUUUUGUCCGAAAAUGCAAAGUGGCACUUAA